AUGAGUUCUCCUAUUCCUGAGGCUGUUCUUGCUGUCUUACUUCUUGAGGCCAUAAUUGACUUGUCCUGCAGCAUCUUCACAAUCAUUUGUCUUUCUGUUACUGGCACCAAAAGGAAAAAGAUUCCCAUGGUCAACAGGAUUUUGAUGGCUGUGAGUGUUUCUAACAUGUGCUUAACCUUCAUUAUGUCAACAAAUUUACUCAUCCCAAACGUGUGGCCACACUUGAAUAACGUAACGUAUUAUAUAUAUAUGAUCUACUACAUGACCAUGUACUGCGUCACAUCCAUGUCUUGGCUCACCUGCACGCUUUCCAUCUUCUACUUCUUGAAGAUCAUUCCUUCCCAGCCCGGGAUCCUGACAAAGCUUAAGAACAGGACAAGCACAAUAACUGGGGGGUUCUUAUUGACAGCAGAGGUUUUGUCUCUAGGAGGAGGAUUUCUCUCAAUUCUUAUUUCACAAGAAAAUUCUAUUGAAAAUAACUCAACUGAAAGCCGAGCCGAAAAAAUGAAAGACCCAAUAAGAGAGAAGGUCACAUUCAAUGAACUUGCCCUGAGUCUCAAUUGUCUGCCAAUCUUCCUUACAAUAGUGACCACCACUGUCAGCGCUUCACUACUCAAAUAUUAUAAUGAUCAGAUGAGGAAGAACAUUGAGAAUAUCAACAACAAUGUGAAGGAUUAUCAAUCUGCUGUGCUGACCAUGACCGGUCUCCUGAUGCUUUAUACACUCACUUUUCUUACAGUGUUCCUUUUUUCGCUGAACAUAAUUGACCCAACCUGGGGCUCCUGGAUAGGCAUGAUAUUGCUAUUUUCAUUCCCCACGGUCCAGUUGGCUCUUCUUAUCUAUGGGAAUCCCAAACUGAAGGAAGCACCAAGAAAGGUCUUAAUUUUUAUAGCCCGGACUAUAGGAUCAGGUCAGUAA